AUUAGUGUACUCUACGUACCUACUGUACUGCACACUGUGCCCUGAAUGGAAGGAAGGUGGCUCAUGCCAGAUGCAUGGUGUUUGUGCGUCUCUUUCUUGUGCCAACGCAGGGCUUGCUCGAGUGUGCCUUUGUGUAUAUAAAGCUCACAUUUGAUCGCCAUAAACAUCCGCCCGUCUCGCUUUCUCUCCUGUGUCAUCUUUUACCACCCAUGGAGGCGCCUCUCAAGUUUCUUAGCUUCGCUGCCAUCGUAGCCUUUCUGGUGGCAACAACGGCACCAAGCGUCGUGGAUGGUGCGACGUGCACCUUCGAGUCCACAUUGCCCGACCUUGCCGACUGCCGCCCCUACGUAUCGACUGGGAGCACCCAGACCGAUCCCACCGCCGCCUGCUGCUCCGAGCUCCGCAAUGUCGGCCACUCCUGCCUCUGCGAUCUUCUCAGAGACACCAAGGUUCCCUCGGACAUUGAUAUCAACAGGGCCGUUGCACUGCCUGGCAAAUGCAGCCUUCCCGGCGCCGAUUCCUGCAGCUAAGCAUGGACGCUGACGACACGAGGUAAACUUCUCUGUGGUCAUACCUGGGUUACCUCACGCAUUUCUUGCAGGGUGCCAUGCGUCCCUUUUGUUUCAGAAAAUAAGUCACAGUAGUUUUGCGUUCUCACAAUAAUUGUCUGGUGACCGUUGACACCGUAUGUUUUUUUCCUUUAACUGAGGCGCUGAUUAUCAAGUUUUU